UAUUUCCUCCCGCUUCUUCAUCCUCCGAGCGGCGAUGGCGGCCGGGGCAGCGCUGUGGAGCGGCGGCGCCAUCCUCAAUCACGGUGGCGCCACUGGGAUUCCUGGUAAGAUCGCCAGUGGCAGCAGCAUUUGUGGCAUUUGCCUCUUCAGCCACGGCGGUGGCAGCACCAUAGCCAGCUCCAGGAAUUUCGAGAGGAAGCUCACCUUCCCGCAGAGAAUCGGCAACACGGGAUCGAUCCUGGCAGCUGCCAAUAGUGCCGAUUCAUCUAGCAUUGGGACGGUCACCACCGGGGAAUCCAAGGAUUCUAGCGCUAGUACAAGUAGCAGUAGUGGUAGCAAACCCGACGAAUUCUAUGAGGUAGAGAUUGAGAAGCCGUAUGGGAUCAAAUUCUACAAAGGGACCGAUGGUGGAACAUACAUCGAUGCUCUUGCUCCUGGCGGGAGUGCAGCGAAAACAAAGAUGUUCCAGCCAGGGGACAAAGUUCUUGCGACAAGUGCUGUCUUUGGGAAUGAGAUCUGGCCAGCGGCAGAGUAUGGACGCACAAUGUACACUGUUCGUCAAAGAAUUGGACCUCUUCUCAUGAAGAUGCAAAAAAAAUACGGAGAAAGAGAAGAUCAGGCUGUAUCGUCUGAGAAACUCGCAGCGCAAAGAAACGCGAAUGUCAUCAGUGAGCAGCUUCGUGAAAUCCAGAUCCAAAACUACAAGCGGAAAAUGCAGCUCAAGAAGCAAAGAGAAGAGGACCUUCGGGAGGGCCUUCAACUCUACAAAAAAUCAGCCUAUCAAGAAGCACUGUCAAAAUUCGAGUCUGUACUUGGAUCCAAGCCCGAGGGGCUUGAGGAAGCAAUCGCCAGCUACAAUGUAGCGUGCUGCUAUGCAAAACUUGACCAGGUUGAAGCAGGACUUUCAGCUCUGGGGGAGGCUCUGGAGGCUGGUUUUGAGGAUUAUAAGAAAAUAAGAACUGAUGAAGAUCUGGCAAGCUUGAGAGCAUCACCGGAAUUUAAAGCGUUGAUUGACAAGUAUGACGAGCCUAUAUUCAAUGAGAAUGCCGUCAAAGCUAUCAAAGGUCUCUUUGGCUUCUUUGGCAAAACAUAAGCAUACCAAAGUAAAUCAUUCUUAUUGACUCUUAUUCAUAUAUGUUUGCCAUCAAUAAAUAAUUAACUAUUUAUCAUUUA